AACAGAUUUGACGCAGAAAAUUAGUUUGAGGGGAAAACGACAGAAAGAACUAGAACACUUUAUUACAUUGCUUUUAACUGUUCAAGGUCCGUGUAAUUGGUGCUUAGAGAAAAUCCUUUUAAAGAAUCUCCAUGAUUUAGGUAAAUCACUGGACAGUUUUCUGAAGUCAAAAAAAAGAGAAAUACUUCUUUCGAGAAUUGGACAACAGAGAAAGACUGAAUUUUUUCCACCAAAUGGAACCGGUGCUGAUUUGCAGAAAUGGGAUGUACAGAUGUACUGGCUAAUGUUAACAAAAACAUUACAACAAACGCCGACACAAACACAGGACAUAGGCAAUGUUAAAGAUAUUCGAAACAAACUUUGUCACUUGUCCAACCCGCAGCUAAACGAGGGAGAUUUUAACCUUUAUAACAGACAGAUCACGACAUUUAUCGACGAAACAGUAAAACUGAUCGCAGAUGGUGCAUUCGAACAAAAAAUCAAAUGUGGUCUAAAAGAAAUAUCAACUCUACUUCAAAUGACAGUAUUUGACAUAGUAAAUACUGUACAUCGCUUUUAUCAGGGACAUACGACAGUCUUAGAAGAAAUACAUGCAAUUGUGAACCAUAUCAGUGCAAACGAGAUUCCUGAAAUGAAGAAAAUGUAUCUCGAAGUCAAGGAACUGUUUUCGAUCCACUUUCCCUCAGAUCAUUUGAAACAGAUAAAGGCACCAGAGGAGUCAUCAGUUACGAUGACAAUGCAAAACGUGUCUGUAAACGAAGAAGAAGAGCUGUCAAUCGUUCUGGUUAAUCUUUUUAUGGAAGAGAUAAAUCAUUCAAAAAGGGGAGAUGAUCCCGUGCAAAAUGAUUUGUCUAGAGCCUUGCAAAGAGCCUUAACAAAGUUCAAGCAAUAUGGCACUUUGACAAAGAUCCUUCGUGGAAGCGUCGUGUUCUAUAUACAGUUCAAUUCAUUUUUAUCGUUCAUCAAUUGCUACGACGAUGUGCUUGCCGGCAAACUGACAACAGAAUUUAAACCAUUGGAAAUAGAGUUGCAAAAUAUUAUUCAAAGACCUAGUCUGGAACUUGAUGUGAUCAUUAAUACCAAUGAGGUCCAGCACUUUCUCCAUCAUUCUCUGCAACUGUUAAAACAGUCGGGUGCUGGUUUAGACGUGGACAAAGAGCCAACCUCCGACAAAGUGCAACUGUUAAAACAGUCGGGUGCUGGUUUAGACGUGGACAAAGAGCCAACCUCCGACAAAGAAGUAGAUAUGAUGAGUAGCGACUUAUCUAUGGAACAGAUGCCCGAAACGCCCGUCAUUGAAGAGAGUCGCGAACCAGACAAUCGACAAAGCAAACAAAGCAAAAACAUGCCAAGAGUUCAUACAGCAAGCAGUUUAGUCUUACAAAGUGAAGAGCCGAAAAAACUUAGAAACGAUUCAGGCGCGCAAAGAUAUUGGUCUCCUCACGACCUUGAAGUCUUUAAAAAGCCACUUUGCUUAAUCAGUGCUGGCCCAAGAAAUGAACUGAAGUUAGAGGUGGACACCAUUGAGCAGCUUUCCAAAAUUGAUUUACCGUGUGUAGUUGUUGCAAUUGCCGGGCUUUACAGAACAGGAAAAUCGUUUUUGAUGAAUCGCCUUGCGGACCAAAACAGAGGUUUCGCACUUGGAGACUCAAUAAAGUCAACAACAAAAGGUAUAUGGGUCUGGUGCAGAGUUCACCCUGAGCAGAAAAACACAGUUCUCGUUCUUCUGGACACAGAAGGACUUGGCGACAUUGCCGAGGGAGAUCCAACUCAUGACAACACACUCUUUACACUAGCGACCCUUUUGAGCAGCACACUUGUUUACAACAUGAAAGGGGCUUUUGACCAAGACGCUGUCAACAAGCUAACGUUUGUGACAGAACUGUCGAAAAAUAUAGCACUUGAAAAUAGGUUUGACGAUGCUCUUCAAUGCAUUCUGCCAGGAUUCGUCUUAGUCGUUCGAGACUUUACUUUAAAACUGGUAAAAGGCGACAGAAAAAUAACCGCGGAUGAAUAUUUAGAAGAAUCCCUUCAAGAUGUGGAUUAUGGAAAAUCGUCGAAGAAUGAGAAGUUCAAUCGUGCAAGAGCGUCUAUUCGCAAUUACUUCCCAGAGUCAAGACGCAAAUGUUUUCUGUUGCCGCCUCCUGGGGACCUGGAUAUCACUGAAAACCUUGAGAUGUUGAGAUUCGAAGAUUUAUCGAGAAGGUUCCAGGAGCAAACAACAUGUUUCGUGUCAUAUAUCAACGCACAACCUCCAAAAAAGCUCGUUGUCAGCAAACCUGUCACAGGUUCUAUGUUUGCGGAACUAACCAGAACAUACGUUGAAGCUAUUCGCAAUGGUGGGGUACCAGAUGUUGAAGAUGCAUUUGCAGCUGUGGCGAAAUCGGAAAAUGAGAAAGUCAAGAAAGAAACACUUGACAAGUUUGAAGUUUUCAUGUCGAAAUGCACUGUUCCGGCUCCAAUAAAGCAACUUGAGCCACAGUAUCGAGAGGCGGAACUGGCGUCAUUGGUACACUUCAGGACAAACGCUGUAUUUGAUGACGGUAACAUUGUGGAAAAAGAAGUUCAGAUGAAUAUGGAUAUUUUCUGGGCUUCGAUGAAAGACAACAACUUGCGUUCAAUACGUGAAAAAUGCAAAGCAGCUCUCGAAACAUCGAACUGGGUGGUAGAGUUUAAAACACAGUUAGAAAACAGAACGUUUGAAGUAGCGGGUGGUUAUUCGAAGUAUAGACAGAGGCUGCAGAUUGUGGAAAUAGAAUUUAAAAGUUCAUUUUCUGGAUACGAUGAACAUGAGUACAUGGGCGCCUGGAGCGAGUUCUUGCAGAGUAUCAAAUCAAAAGAAGCGUUUAUCAUGAGCAAAGACGAAUCUUUGAGUGAAGAGGAAAGUUUAGAGGAGAAACAAAAACAGGAAGAAAAACUUCAAGCGAUGGCCAAUAGGAUGAAAGAGGAUGCUGCAAACGCUCUGCGCAAUCAACAGGAUUCAUUCAGAAAUCAACAAGAAGUAAUCAACAAAGAGCGAGAAAGGGAAAGGGUAGCUCGUGAAGCGGAACUGAGGAGAUUUAUGGAAGACCGUAACGUUGUUCUGGAGAAAUUGCUUAGUAAGCAACAGAGUCAGAUAGAGGCGCUCAUAAAUAGGCCACCUACUGUUGUACGUGAAAGAAGUGAUUCUUGUGUUGUACAAUAAGAUGUUGAAAGAAAGACUGACGUUAUAAAAAGUCAAAUGAAAAUUCUUAUUCAAAUUAAGACGUCUUUUUAUAGAAUUGUUGCUUUUUGAUCGUUUAAUUUCGUUAAUGAUAUGUUCUUGUUUUAUAAUUUAUUUCAAAACAAAUGAGCAGAAUCAUUGUACACAUUCGAAUUUAAUGAUACAAUUGCGAAGAAAAAUGAUGAACAUGACCUCUUAUCUCGUUUUGAAAACAAAUAUAAUUCUUUUAUGUACAGUCUGUACGGUGAGGCAUGUGUCACGUCUCAAAAGCAAAAGUGAUAGAAAGAAAAUCGGGGUGUUGUUUAAAUAUUUAUUUGUAACAUGAGCUUAAUUUUCAGAAACGCGGAGUAUCUACACAAUCAUUAUGAAAUGGUAUUUGUUGUUAAUCUUUUGUAACAUAAGAAUGUUUUAUUCUUUCUUUUAGACUUUUGUCUCUUGAUUGGUGUUUUAGGCUAUUUUGUAAAAUUUUGGGAUUUGGGGAAUGAUUUUUUAUUGACGACUUUUUUAAAUUGAUUUGGUUUAAUAAUGAUGAUAUAUAGUUAUUCAGUAAAUGUUAAUGUAGGCUUGGAUGAUUAUGGUAUUUUUAAAAAAAAAAUCUUCUUUAAUGGUCAGUGGUUCUUCAAGGCAAAAUAAACGUUAACGUAAUCACUUUUAAAAAUGCCAUUUGCAAUGGAUUUUUUAAACGCCAUUCAGUUAUCACUGAGAUAUUUGCGUGUUUAUUACGUAACUGUAAGAACUGAGAAGCGCAUGUACUUUGUUUAUUUAUAAAAACGUUUGGAAAAUGCCUUGUGCAUAGAGAGAUUGUCAACACAAAUGUACAAUUCAAGUUAACUUAACAAUUCCAAUAUAGCAUAUUUUCUUCUGAUAUAUUGCACUUCGUAUCAUGAGCAUCUUAAUAGUUGUAUGACCAUUAAAAUUUAAUGAUUGAAUUCGAGAUAAAACCAGUUCUCAGUGUUACCAAUGCCCUUUGUUACAUACAUAAUGUACCAUAGCAGCCUAUAUGUGCAUAAAUAUAUUAAUUUGAUUGCUGUAUGAUUUCAUUUACACACGAAUUGCUUCAUUAAAUUAGCUUUUAUGAGUAUAAUUUGAAUUUAAUUAUUUUAGAAGUGCUUUGAAUUAAUAUUUGUCUAGAACACCUUAUUUUGUUUUACUUACUUAUCACUACAUAAACUUUUCUGUAGUUUAUAAGAAUAUAAUUUGAUUGUUUGAUAUUUGAAGUGCUUUGAUUUAAUGCAUGUUUAUGAUAUAUAUAUAACUUUUGAUAAGAUUUAACUGGUAAUACUUUUUAAAUAGGUUAAACAAAGAUUUACAUAAGCUAGCACGUCUUUAUAUUCUGUUCCACAUUUUGUUAUCAAAACUAUCUAAUUAGAAUUAAAAAACACUUACUUAAAACUUUAGUGAUCAACCUAUAUUCUUUUAAAGUGCUCAUCAAAAUUGUAUAUUGUUUAAUUGGCUGAAAGAAUUUUAAAGAUGUAACAGAACAGGUGAACCUUUUGAUAUUUAACAUGAUGUUUUUGUCAAAGAAGGGUAUAAGGAGAUUUUGAAAGGGAUCCAAGAACUGCUUGGACUGAAUAAUAAGAAAUAUAUUUAAGUGAAAGUAUCGUUUGUUUUACUUUUCAACCAACAGAAAUGCAAAUUCCUGCAACGUUUUUGAUUCGCUGAUGCAGUACAGUAAAUGUUAUGGUUGUUUGUGCUAUUGUGUGUGAUUGUGAUAUUGUAUUCUAGUUUUUUUGUUUGGUUAUUUCGCUUAUUCAUAUGAUAAAGGGAUGCUUAAGCUACAUGUAUAUUCGAAAUUAUUAUAACAUAUAAUCAAAUAAAAUGAAUGUCAUAUGAGAG